AUGCGAAUUAAGACGUAUGGAAUCGAUGACAGGCUCACGCCACGCGGCGCCUACCGGGGGCUGCCCGCGGGGACGGCACCGCAGAGCGCCUAUAGCCGUCGCCUCCCGCCGCUCAACGGGCACCUGCGCCUGGCGGCCGCGGAGCUCUACGCGGAGCGCUACGGGGCCGCCUCGACGGCGGCGCUGCGCGGCUACGUGAAGCUGAGCGGCGGCCCGGCGGGGCCCUGGCUGCGCGGCCCGCGGCCGCCCCUCAAGCAGGAGCUCGUGUGCAAGUGGGUGGCGGCGGCGCGCGCGCCGCGCCCGUGCGCGGGCACGUUCGGCACCAUGCAGGAGCUCGUGGGCCAUGUGAGCGCGGAGCACGUCGGCGGGCCCGAGCAGAGCAGCCACGUGUGCUGCUGGCAGGAGUGUCCCCGCCGCGGGAAGCCCUUCAAGGCGAAGUACAAACUCAUCAACCACAUCCGCGUGCACACGGGCGAGAAGCCCUUCCCCUGCCCCUUCCCCGGCUGCGGAAAGGUCUUCGCCCGCUCCGAAAACCUCAAGAUCCACAAGCGGACGCACACAGGGGAGAAGCCCUUCAAGUGCGAGUUCGACGGCUGCGACAGGAAGUUCGCCAACAGCAGCGACCGCAAGAAGCACUCGCACGUGCACACGUCGGACAAGCCCUACCUGUGCAAGGUGCGCGGCUGCGACAAGUCCUACACGCACCCCAGCUCCCUGCGCAAGCACAUGAAGAUCCACUGCAAGUCGCCGCCGCCCUCGCCGCGCUACGCGGCGCCCCCCGACGGCCCGCGCGCCCCGGAGGGACUUCGGUGA